GUUCUACUUUCCUUAGCACGCUAUUGUCAGACUUGUGGGCUUCCUACUUGUCGUCCGGAGUUUGUUAUCAAUUUUGAAAAGCCUUUUCUGGAAAUCGAAGAGGGGUAUCAUCCUAGUCUUGCUGUUAAGCUACCCACGAGCGAUGGUGCUUCUGCAUGUACAUAUAUAGCCAAUGAUUCGCACUUGGGUGGAGAUCACCCUCCGACGGUGCUACUGACGGGACCUAACAUGGGUGGAAAAUCUACGCUGAUGAGACAAGUAGCCGUACUAACAGUUCUGGCGCAUAUGGGGUCACUUGUACCCGCUCGUUCAAUGCGUCUAUCUCCAGUAGAUAGAAUCUUCACUAGAAUUGGAGCGAAUGAUCGGCUUAUUUGCGGUCAGUCGACGUUCUUCGUAGAGUUAAGAGAAACGUUAGUAAUUUUGCGAAAUGCUACCAAACAUUCACUCGUUCUUAUAGAUGAAUUGGGUAGAGGUACGAGCACUUUUGAUGGUACUGCUAUUGCAUCAGCUGUUUUGUCCGAUUUAUCACGACGCAUUGGAUGUCGCUCGUUUUUCUCAACUCACUACCACUCACUCUGCAGAUCAGCCUCAGUCAAUCCUAACAUCACUCUAGCGCACAUGGCUUGCAUGGUAGAAAACGAGAAUGAAGCUAAUCCCACCGAAGAGAGUGUAACAUUCCUCUAUCGACUAGCUGAUGGUGUUUGUCCGAAGUCUUAUGGAUUCUAUGCUGCGAGGCUUGCCGGCGUC